UUCCACACUUUCACUUUUUUUUUUCCUCCCGAAAACAUGGGCGCCGAUGGCAGCGGCAGCGGCGGCCGGAAGGGCUCGUCGCCGGCGAAGCCAUCCGAGGGCCGGACCUCGAGCUUGCUCGCUGGACUCCCCUCCCGCGGGAACUUCACGGAGAGCGACAUCGCUUCUAGCAUGGGAAGCCUCAAGGUUUAUAUCUGCCUUCACGACACGGCUCCUCCAGAGGGACAAGUUGUGAAAACGGACACAAACAAUAUUCUAAUCAGAGCUCUCCGGUUGAACAAACACAAAAGUGAGGCCAAAGAUGUAAGCUGUAAGAUACCAGGAGAAAGCAGCAGAGGAAAAAGGAAUGCUGCCAGAAAUUUAGAUGGCAAGAAUCCAUCAAAAAGACCCAACAUUGGUAGCCCUGGAGGAUCCUCUGCCCAUGAAGAAUCGUCAUCUGGUUUCUCUGAGCUGACGCUUCAGUCAUUUACUGUGGAAAAGUUACGCUCUCUUCUAAGAGAAAGGGGUCUCUCACCAAAAGGCAAAAAGAGUGAUCUCUAUUGACUGGUGGCAUGGAAUGUGGUGACUCCUUGCGGUGGGCCAGCAUUUGGCAGGGUCACGUGUUGAACAGGUGGCGUUUCCCUAUGCCAGCCACACACUUGACAACAGGAUGCAGCAGAUUAGCUUUGGGAUGUUGGUUUCACAGAUUAGAUUUGUUGGCAUUGACUGCGGUGCUGAUGCUGCUUGUGGUCGCCCUAGAGGGUAGCUCAGCGUAGGGAUAUGAUUCUAGCAUGCCAAGGUAAUGGCACAGGGACAGUAGAGCACUUUAUGAUCAGUCCAUGGCCUAGCUAUCGGUGGAGGGGAAACUAUUGUGAGAAGGGUAGAGUAGGUGUGGCUACAGUCAAGGGUAUAAAAUGGGAGGGCUAGGGUUAGAUGUGAUGGGGGUUGAGGAUAUAGAAGGUAACAAAUCAAGGUUAGAUGACGUGAAGAGAGUUGUAUUAGGUGUGGCGGUAGCUGAGGGUGCUUAGAUGUGUAUGAGUGGUGAAGAAUGAGUGUGAUCUGCGAUCCUAUAUGACAGUGUGGCUCCAUGAGGUGCCUAGUUUCUUGUAGUGGUGUGCCAUGUGAUGUUUUAUUUAGCUUGUGGUUAACUUAUAUGGUUCACAAGCAUAAGUUGCAAUAGUGGAAAUAGAGUAGCAGGCAUUGUUUUCUGGAUAAUGUGCUUUCCAGCUUAAUUUGGAUUCGGGAACAAAGCCCACAUCCAAGUAGGGUGGAACCCUGCUACUACUACAAACAUGGGUCCUGAGUCAUGUAAUCUAGAAUAUUAAGAGGAAAAAUCAAUCUAUGCCUCUUUUUUCCUCCUUUCGGAGAAGGAAAAUGAACUCAGCACUAGUAGAACUUUUUUAGUAUUGCAUUUGUUGCCUACCGAGCACAGUGAACCAUGAUUAGGAACAAAGUGUAGCACAUUUUUAAUGAUUUAUUAGUAUGAGCUUUUAAAUUCAAGAUAUCCACAUGAGAAGUGGUGCAUCUGUUUGAACCACUCGUAAACUUUUGUGAACACAAAUAUCCAAUUUCAAGUUUAUGUACUUAUGUGCCUACCCCCACAAAUUAGGGGCUCUAUUUACUCGUUUUAUAUAGUUCAUUUUCUGUUUUUGUUAAACCUUAUGAAC